AACGACUGGAAGACCAGCUGUGGCUGUGCUCGCGCCACGCUCGCGCCAUGAAGAGCUCAUGGCUUUCGAAAGCUGCUUCCAUGGCGCAAGCUGCGCAAGAAGCUGCCAAGGAGGCCGCAGAGAAGGCAGCCAAAGAAGCUGCAAAGCUACAGAAGGAAGCCACGGCAGCAGCCAGCGGUUGGGCUCAAGGUGCAGAAUGGCUCCUGCAAGUGCCGGGCGACGCGGGCGACGCGGGCGACGCUUCUCGGGACCUUCGAUUUGAGGAGGGGCCUCUGGGCUUUGAACUCGAAGGUGCACGAGUGGUGGCCAUCGAAGCCGAGGGCCAAGCGGACCGCUUGGGGCUGCGCAUCGGGGACCGCUUACUGGCGGUCGACGACGAUGUGAUCCCUGCACCCCCACCCGAGGAUUCUCCUGCGGAGGCAGACCUUCGGGUGAAGCGCCUGAUCCGGAAGUGGAUCAAGAACAAGCCACGCCCCGUGUCCUUGCGCUUCAGCAUUGACCAGGGCAGCGUUCCCAAUGCCAGUGGAUCCCCAGGCGAUCCACUGAGUGGUUCAAAGCAGUCAUUUGGCCCGGUUUACAGCAAGCACAUAGUCUAUUAUUGGUUUGUUAAUCAGCAUCCGCAAGAGAAAAGAUAAGACCUGCAGCACUGCAGCCUCCCAGGGGACGCGCCGAGUGCAGAGCCAGAGGAGCAGAGAGGAGGCG